GGUGUAUUCUAUUCGGUCAAAGAGAAAGGAUAUUCGGCACGGGAGAAGAGGAUCACAGAGACGGAGUUCAACAGGAAAAUGGAGAUUGAGGCACAGAUGGCAGCGGACAAGAAGCGGCAAGAGGACCAGCUGCACGAAGAAGAAGAGCUUCAGCUUGUGAAGAAGGUGGCCCCAUCGAAGGACAAGAAGGUGGUUAAGUCGGGUGCCGUGGUGAAACCGGCCAGAAAACGCGCUGGGAGGGGAUUCUAGUCGACCAUUUUUGGAUAUCGAAGUCCUGGAGUUCGAGCCCGAGUCAUUUACUGGAGCAGUACGUAAUAAAUAGGUAAAUCAACAGGAAUGCCCUAUUAAAAAGGGGCCAACCCGCAUGAGUAAACAAAAGGGAACCCCAUAGCAACGGUAGCC